AUGGUGUAUGUAAUGUGGCAAAUCAAACCAAAAAAUGAAGCUUUUGACGUAUCAUCCACAUAUGUGGGUGGACUGACAUGGUUUAGUAUUAAGCUACACCAUUAUGGGAAGUUUACUAAGUUACUUGAUAUAAAAUACAUUAGAGAUGAAGUUGGUUAUGCUGAUUAUGUGGACAUAAAUGAGUUUUAUGUACAUGAACUUGAUGUUAUAAUGCUUGAACUUGGUUACCCAGACCUACGAAUGAAUGAAGUCAAUGUCUCAAACUCUCCCGUGAUAUACUACCAUUUUAAGAUACCCAAUGGUGAGUUUCAAUUUAGUCUCAGAGCUUUAAGGAAUGAUCAAGAUGUUAUCAAUCUAUCUAAAUAUAUUCCACAUAACAAGUUGAUUGAGAUUUACACAGAACAUGGGAAGACAAAUUUACUGACUUACUUUAUGUCUCCAAAUGCAAAAGGUAAAGUUGUGAUUGAGGAAUUACCUGAAUAUGAUGUCCAAGAGACUAAGGUUCAUGUUGAAUCUUCGUUGGGAAAUAUGAACCAUGUUAAUGAUGAGCAUAUUGAUGACAUUGAUGAAUUAGAGAAAAAGACAUGUGAUCAGGAUGCUGCAACAGGUAAAGGUUCUACUAGUAAGAUUAUUGAUAAUAUUGAUGAUGCUACAACAAGUGUUCUAAAUAAUAAUGGUGUUGAAGGUUCUACUAGUAAAAAUGUUGAUAAUAUUCAUGAUGCUAGAACAGGUGUUAUGGAUAAUGAGGGUGUUAAAGGAUGUUACAAGCCAAGUAGGGAUGAUAUGAAUGGUGUUCAGAAUGAAGAUGAUGAUGCAGAGUAUGAAGAUAUGAUUUUAAACUCUAAAGAUGAUGAGGCUCCUGAGAAAUUGAAACACUCUGAAGAUGAUGAUGAGGAGGACUACACAAUGGACCAGGGAAAAAAUACCCAAGAUGUGGAUGUAGACGUGGAAGACAUCAUUCUCAAUGUUGACAGUGAUAUGGAAGGAGGAGUAUGUAUUAAUGAUGUUCAUGUUGGUAAUGAACCUAAAGACAUGGGAGUGAUAAACAAUGAGGAGUAG